CAAGUAAUUCUCCUAAAACAUAAAACUCUUCAAAUCAAAAGUUUUGAUUGCCCAUUUUUCCAUUCUAAACACUUAAUCAAACUUUUGCAGUGUUUCUUUGGUAUAUAAAUGCACAUUACAUCAAUAUACAUAUCUUAACUUGUCACCAAAUGGCUAAACAGAGCAAAAUCUCAUGUUGUUUUCUUGUUUUUGUUCUGGUGAAUCUCAUUUUCUGCAAUGUGGUUUUGUCUGUGAGGGCUGAGAAUGAAUUUAUAUCAGCCGUCGGUGAUUCGGGGAUGAGAAGGGACAAUCUACGGGUGGCGAUAGAGUCAUGGAAUCAGUGCAAUGAGGUUGGAGAAGAAGCACUUCAGACUGGCAGCCCAAGGGCUGCUGAUUGCUUUGACAUAUACAAAGCUACUCCGCAGCCACAAGGAGAAGUUUGCUUCUGCAAUCAGCAGCUGCCCUAUGUAUUAGUCCACAGAGUCACAGAGCAAGACAACAAGUUAAGGAUGGGAGAACCUUUCUUUGGCCUGCAGGCAGAGUCUCAGUUUAACGUAGACCUUUAUGCGGCAGAGAAGGAACUGUACCUGGGAUUUAAAUGCCAAGUUGAAGACACCCCAAAUCCGUGGCAAUUCUGGAUGAUCAUGCUCAAGAGUGGCAACAUGGACACUUAUGCUGCCAAAUGCCCCAAAAAUGGUCACCGAGUUGGACCCUUUCCUGAUCAAAAUACCUUUCCUUGUUUUGGAAAAGGGUGCAUGAACCAGCCAUCUAUUUACCAUGACUAUACCAAGUUGCAAUUGCCUGAUAUGACUCUAAAGGGACGGUUUUUCGGGUCAUGGGAUUUGGAUGCAGAUUUGAGCAGAGGAAUGGUUGGGAAUAUUUCUUACCAUUCUGUUACUUGGGAAAAGAAACUUGGAGAGGGAAGCUGGGUUUUCCACCAUGUCUUGAGGACUUCAGCAAAGUAUCCUUGGCUGAUGCUUUACUUGAGAUCAGACGCCACACAUGGGUUUUCUGGUGGCUACCAUUACCCUACAAGAGGGAUGUCCAAAAUUAUUCCAGAAUCACCCAAUUUUAAAGUGAGGUUCACCUUGAAUGUGAUCAAAGGUGGGGGUCCUAGCAGCCAGUUCUACCUCAUGGACAUGGGGAGCUGUUGGAAGAACAAUGGGAAGCCUUGUGAUGGCAAUGUGACUUCAGAUGUUACCAGAUACAGUGAAAUGAUCAUAAAUCCAAACACAACCUCAUGGUGCCAUGCAAACAACCUCAAUGUGUGCCCACCUUACCACACAUUCCCAAACGGCACACGGGUUCAUCGAAAUGACACUGCCCGCUUCCCUUAUGCCGCCUAUCACUUGUACUGCUCGCCGGGGAAUGGGGAGCAUCUAGAGGCUCCUUUUAACUUGUGUGAUCCAUAUAGCAACCCUCAGCCUCAGGAGAUUUUGCAAAUCUUGCCACACCCGGUUUGGGGUGAGUACGGAUACCCUACAAAGCAAGGGGAGGGUUGGAUUGGGGAUCCAAGAACAUGGGAGCUGGAUGUUGGGAGGUUGUCACAAUCACUUUAUUUUUACCAGGAUCCAGGAACCCCACCAGCUAGAAGGCAAUGGAUGUCUAUAGAUUUAGGGGUUGAAAUUUUCAAAGACCCUGAUCAAGUUGCUGAAUGGACUCUUAGUGAUUUUGACAUCCUUGUGCCUAAGCAAUGAACUCAUUUACUGCAAAGACACACCAGCCAGCUUCAGCUUGAAAUACAAUUAAACUUUUGAGUCGCCUAAAAUGGUAAAGUAAGUUAUAAGGGACCAACCUUUUUAGCUUUUCUUUUUUAAUUCAUUUUCCAAUCAAUUUUUGGAAAUUUCAGAAAAGAAAAACUUCGAUUUUUUUCAUUUAUUUAUUUGAGAAACCCUGAAGGCUGAAGUAUAAUAUCUUCAUUGUUAUAAAUCUAUGGAAUAUGGAUGACCACCAUAACAUCCAUUAGCUCCACCCCUUAUUGCUUUGUAACCUAUGCCCUUAUUAUUGUAAUUAGUAGCUAUAAAUUAUGGAUUAAAUACCUCUAUUGUAAGCCUAUAAAUAGGCUCUUAUCAAAGAUGAAUAA